AUGACUUUACGGACACUGGAGAAUGGCGAGAGAGGCCAAAAUAGUUGUGGUGUUCGAAAUCAUGACUAUCCGCUUGCCGAGGUGCCCGAUAUUGCUGAUUCGCAAAUUUGGAAGCAAGUUGAAGGAUUCUUCACCAAAGUCCAUGCCCCGUCAUUUGGCCAGCUGAGCAACGCCGAGGACUUGGCUGUAUCGCCUGACGGCACAAGACUCGCAUUUACUGGGUACAUCUGGAGCUCGCUGAAGGACGGUCCCAAAGCACAUGUUUACAUUGUUGAUCUACCCGCAGGAUCAAGCAUGUCAGCAGAUCCUGUGCCUAUGGCUGUUUCUCAUGGCCCGCAUAACAACAAGAAACCCAAGUGGUCUCCCGACGGGAAGAUGCUGGUCUUCCUAUCAGACAGAAUUCGAGCAGGGCAAUAUCAAUUGUUCUACUUGAGAUCCGAUAGACUUGGAGAAGCGCAGCCCUUGGUCUCGGAACCUCUCCAAGGCAUCAUCGAAGAUUUUUCUUGGUCGCAUGAUGGUAGCAAAAUACUUAUAGGUCUCGCGGCGUUCGGUCUGCCCAAAUCUGGCUUCGAAGGUUCUGGAACGCUCGUUGACCUGGAUGUCCCUCGAUCACAAUGGACCCCGAUUGUGAAAACAGACCAUGCUGCGAUGGAUGUCCGCAGUCUUUGGCUCCAUGAUUUACAAAGCCAUCAGACGCGCCGGAUUAGCCUCCCUGGAAGAAACAUUUGGCGGUUCGCUUGGUGCGGUCCGCAGGAUGCGGUUGCCAUUGUCAGUGAUCGACCUGGCGAAGGAGCGUACAAGGAAUCUUCUCUUGUCAAAAUAUCACUCUCGAAUUGCGUGGAACGUGUUAUGGUUGAAAGAGGGGAAUACUUUAUGGCGCAGCCAACUGCUUCACCUUCGGGUUCGAAAGUUGCUUUUGUUGAAUCCGUCGGUGGGGACCGCACCAAGCUUGCUGGCUGUAUCGUCUGCGUCGAUAGCAAGACCAAUAAGCAGACGCGAAUCGCCUCCAAUGUCGACAUUUCAAGUCUUGAGUGGUUCAAUGAAGAGACUUUGUUUAGUAUGGGCUUGAGAGACCUCACAUCGGUGGCUCUUAAGGUUGACGUGCUCACCCAUGAGCCAGCCGGCCUCCCUGGCGGAGGAUUCGCUGUAGUUAGACAGGGCUGGGAGUUACAGCCGGAAAUUGGAUUGGUUAGCGAGGCCGGCGCAUAUACCCGAAUACUCUCUUUCGAAGACGAUGGUGGACGCUGGCUUCGGCCCCAGCUGGGCCAGAGCCACGCAGUCUCUUGGGAGUCUACAGACGGCUUAAAAAUCCAGGGGUUCCUAUACCUCCCUCCCAAAGGACAGAAACCAUACCCUCUGAUUCUCAAUGUUCAUGGAGGUCCCAUGAGCGCCUUUAUUGACCAGUGGAUGGGAUAUCGAACUUGGGUAGCCUUUUUAGUAGCUCAAGGAUAUGCGGUCCUCAACGCGAAUCCUCGAGGCUCCCUUGGACGAGGUCGAAAGUUUACACAGGGCGUGGUAGGGGACGUUGGGGGCGGUGAUGCAACCGAUCUCCUGAAAGGGCUUGACUAUCUUGUCAGUUCUGGUGUUGCAGAUGCCUCCCGAUUGGGUGUCAUUGGGGGUAGCUACGGUGGCUUUCAGUCAGCUUGGCUGACCACUUUGACAAACAGGUUCGCCGCCGCAAUUCCUAUUUCUCCUGUUAGCGACUGGAACUUGCAGUGGUUGUCCAGCGACCUUCGCCAGCGGACUCUGGACAAUCGUCCUUACAAUAUAGAGAUGGGAAAGGUAGACCAGUGCACUCCACCUGCCCAGGCACAUUACUAUCAUACUGCGCUUCUGGAUCAUGGAGUUAAAUCAUGUAUUGUGGAAUAUCCGAAAGAGGGCCAUGGCAUUCGCCAAUUUCCCGCUUUAAUAGAUGCUUGUUGCAGAAUGAUUAGCUGGUUUGGCCAUUUUAUGCCAGUAGAUAAAUAA